AUGUCAAAUUUUUCUGAACAACCAGAGCCUUCCAUUACAAAAAUAUCAAUUCUUCAUGAAGAAUCCAUUAUCUUAGGAUUUCAUUUAACGGAAUAUAUGAUACGAGAUAUAAUACUUAAUAUUCCUGUGUCAACAUAUGUUUUAAUUACAGAUUCAACUCUCGCAUCUCUUUAUCUUGAAAAUUUAUCGAAUCAAUUUAAAAAAAUUGCUUCAAAAUUAACUCUUUCUAAAGGAAACAAUUCGGUACCACCACGAUUUAUUUCUUAUGUGAUACCUCCGGGUGAACAAUCAAAGACUCGUGAGACUAAAUCUGAAAUUGAGGACUUUCUUCUAAGUCAGACAUGCACCCGUGAUACUUGUAUUAUAGCGUUUGGUGGUGGUGUUAUUGGAGAUUUGUGCGGAUUCGUUGCCGCUACUUUUAUGCGUGGUGUACCAUUUGUUCAAGUUCCAACAACUCUUCUUGCAAUGGUAGAUGCAUCGAUCGGUGGUAAAACGGCGGUAGACACCCCUCAUGGAAAAAAUCUAAUUGGUGCGUUUUGGCAACCUAAAAGAAUAUUCAUUGAUAUAAUUUAUUUGGAAACAUUAUCUGAACGACAAUUUACCAACGGUAUGGCUGAAGUAAUAAAAACUGCGGCAAUUUGGAAAGAAAGUGAUUUUGUGAAUCUUGAAAAUGGCGUUGCAAGUAUUCGUGAUGCUGUAUUGAAUCCUAAGAGAGAUGUUCCUUUUCAAGAAACGCGCACACCAUCUCAAUCUCUUCUUCUUUCUGUUAUUCAUAGUGCUGCUGAAUUCAAAGCUUAUGUUGUGACAAAUGAUGAAAGGGAAAGUGGUCUUCGUGGGUUACUCAAUUUUGGUCAUUCAAUCGGCCAUGCUAUAGAAGCUAUUAUGUACGAAGUAUUACUUCAUGGUGAAUGUAUUUCUAUUGGUAUGGUUAAAGAAGCUGAACUUGCAAGAAGCCUUGGACAUUUAAACCAAGUAGCUGUUGGUCGAUUAAUUAGAUGUUUGGAAAGUUAUGGUUUACCCAUUUCUUUAGAUGAUAAAAAAGUUCGAGAAAUGGUGGGUGAUAGAUAUUGUUCCGUGGAUAAAUUAAUGGAUAUUAUGAAAAUUGAUAAAAAAAAUAUAGGUGAUAAAAAGAGAAUUGUGAUACUCUCUGGAAUUGGAAAGACAUUAGAACAAAAAGCUACUUUUGUUUCCGAUUCUUGCAUCAGAAAGGUUCUUUCACCUGCAGUUUUGGUUAAUCCAGUCACGUCAUCUUCUAAUCUUUCUAAACACAUAACAAUGACAACUCCAGGAUCAAAAUCCAUUUCAAAUCGUGUUUUAGUACUUUCAGCACUCGCUACUGGUACUUGUAAACUUAAAGGAUUAUUACAUUCGGAUGAUACUCAAGUUAUGUUGGCUGCUUUGCAAAAUCUUGGUGGUGCAAAAUUUGAAUGGGAAGAUAAUGGUGAAACAUUGGUCGUUACUGGUGGUGGUGGCAAUCUUAAGGUUCCUGAUAAAGAUAUUUAUCUUGGAAAUGCUGGAACUGCUGCCAGAUUUACUACUACGAUUUGCACAUUAGUAUCCGCAGAGACUAAGACUGUAACAAAAACUCAUACUAUAGUAACUGGAAAUGCUCGAAUGAAGCAACGACCGAUAGGUCCUUUAGUGGAUGCGCUUCGAGAAAAUGGUUCUCAAAUUCGUUACCUUGAAAAUGAGGGUUGUCUUCCACUCGAAAUAGCACCAUUAGGGUUACAUGGUGGUGUUAUUAACCUUUCCGCAUCCAUAUCAUCACAAUACGUUUCAUCUAUCCUUUUAAGCGCACCAUAUGCUAAUGAACCAGUAACUUUGAGUCUAACUGGAGGUCAGGUAAUAUCUCAACCUUAUAUUGAUAUGACGAUAUCAAUGAUGAAUUCUUUUGGUAUUAAAGUUGAGCGCCUUGAUGGUGACGUAUACCGAAUUCCAAAAGGUUGUUACAAAAAUCCCAGUGAAUACAUUGUGGAAGCAGAUGCUAGCUCUGCCACGUAUCCAUUGGCAAUAGCUGCUAUAACUGGUAUAAAAUGUACCCUUCCAAACAUAGGUUCAGCUUCCCUUCAAGGUGAUGCAGCGUUUGCUGUUAAGGUUCUCAAACCUAUGGGAUGUGAGGUCACUCAAACUGCUACAAGCACUAUAGUGCAAGGACCUCCAAUCGGAUCAUUGCGCCCACUACCACAAAUUGAUAUGGUAACUAUGACAGAUGCAUUUUUGACUGCAUCAGUUCUUGCUGCCGUUGCUUCUAAUAAAGGUAAUGGAGAAUGUAUUACUCGCAUUACAGGUGUAGCAAAUCAAAGAGUUAAAGAAUGUAAUAGAAUUGCUGCGAUGGUCAAUGAGUUGAGUAAAUUUGGUGUUACAGCAUCUGAACUUCCUGAUGGGAUUCAGAUAAAUGGCGCCAAAAUUCAAUCUCUUAAAGGUCCAGAGAAAGGUGUUAAAUGUUAUGAUGACCACCGGAUAGCAAUGAGUUUUAGUGUACUUGGAUGUGUUGUUCCAAAUGGUACGAUUAUACUUGAGAAAAAAUGUGUGGAAAAAACGUGGCCAGAUUGGUGGGAUGACUUAGAGUCCAAAUUAGGUGUAAAACUUGAUGGUUUAGAUAUAAAACAACAACACGAUUCAUUAGUAAAAGACAAAACCGAAGUUUCACGAGACAGAUCGUUAAUAUUUAUUGGAAUGCGUGGUGUAGGCAAAUCGACUCUUGGAAAAAUCGCUGCUAACCUAUUGAGCUUUCAAUUUAUCGAUGUCGAUGAAUAUUUUGAAACCACAUUAUCCACAACAAUAUCCAAGUUCAUAGAAAAGCAAGGAUGGGCGGCAUUUCGUGAAAAAGAAUUUGAAAUUUUUGCAUCAAUACUUCAAAAAUAUCCUUCAGGCUACAUAAUUGCUUGCGGUGGCGGCAUAGUUGAAACCCCAUCUUCCCGUGAUCUUUUAAAAGCAUAUAUACGCGAAAAUGGAAUCGUUGUACAUAUAGUAAGGGAUAUUAAGGAGAUAGAGGAAUAUUUGAAUAGAGAUAGUACUCGUCCAGCAUAUGGAGAAUCAAUUCUUGAUGUAUGGAAGCGACGGGAGGAAUGGUAUAAAGAGUGUUCCAAUUAUGAAUUUUUUUCAAUAACCGCAGAUAAUUACGCUACCGAUUAUGAUCCGUCAUGUUGGUAUACAGAAGAAACAAAUUUUAUCCGAUUUUUGAAAUUUAUUAUUGGGUACGAAACCAACCAAGUUGAUAACAACCAGAAAGAUAAGACCUUUUUCGUUUCGUUGACAUAUUCAGACCUGAGUUCAGCAUCACAACACAUACCUACCAUAACUCAUGGUGUGGACGCUAUUGAACUUCGAGUAGAUUUGCUUUCUAAUAAUCUUCACUCGGGAUCAUUUGUAGAUUAUGUCUCUAAACAAUUGGCAUUUUUGAGACGAUUAUCAACACUUCCAAUCAUAUUCACCGUUCGAUCGCAAGGACAGGGUGGUAAAUUUCCUGAUACUCAAGAAAAAGAGAUGUUCUUCCUUUUAUUACAAGCAUUAAAAUGGGGUUGUGAAUAUGUUGACGUAGAGAUUUGUUGGUCUCAGGAUUUAAUCUCAAAUUUGAUCAAAAAUAAGAAAAAUACUAAACUAAUUGGUUCUUGGCAUGAUGUGACAGGCACUGCAAAAUGGGAUGGUGAGGAAAUUCGGCAACGUUAUAGGACCGCAAAAGAAUAUUGCGAUAUUAUAAAAAUAGUUUGUCGCGCAGAAUCUAUUAUAGAUAAUUUUAAAUUACAAGGAUUUAUAUUGUCAUUAAAAACAGAUACAAAGCCAAUAAUUACGAUCAACAUGGGUAUAGAAGGACAAUUAUCUCGUAUAUUAAAUGAAUUCCUUACUCCUGUAACCCAUCCUUUAUUGCCUUCGAAGGCUGCUCCGGGUCAACUAUCAAUUUCCGAAAUUCACCAAGCUUUACAUUUGAUUGGCCAAUUGCCAAAAAAGAAUUAUUAUCUUUUUGGAACACCAAUUUCUCAUUCUAUGUCACCAACUAUCCAUAAUACUGGAUUUAAAACUCUUGGCUUGCCACAUUAUUAUGAUUUGUUUGAAAGUGAAAAUGUUGAAGAUGUCAAGCCUAUUUUAGAAGAUUCACAAUUUGGAGGUGCUUCAGUUACGAUACCUCAUAAACUUAAUAUAAUGAAAUAUCUUGAUCGUCUUUCUGAACAUGCUACGAUAAUUGGCGCAGUAAAUACUAUUAUUGUAGAAACUGAUUCAAAUGGUAAUCGUAAAUUAGUUGGUGAUAAUACAGAUUGGUUAGGAAUGUUUCAUUUAAUAAAACCAUUAGUAAAAAUUGAUUCCACAACUUCAGGAUUGAUUAUUGGUGCAGGUGGAACAUCAAGAGCGGCAUUAUAUGCACUUCAUCAACUUGGUGUAUCUACGAUUUACAUGUACAAUCGUACACAAUCAAAGAUUUCUGAUUUGGUUUCUCAAUUUCCAACAUAUGGAAUUAUUCCUAUUACCUCUCUUUCGCAAACAUUAACACAAUCACCUCAAAUAAUUAUAUCAUCAAUUCCUGCAACAUCAAAUAUGGAAUUUCCCGAUGAAAUAUUUCAAUUUGGCAAAGGGGUAAUUGUUGAAAUGGCAUAUAAACCAAGAAGAACAAAUUUACUAAAAAAGGGUGAAGAGAAAGGUUGGAUUGGAAUUGAAGGAAUUCAAAUAUUAAUUGAACAAGGAAUUCAUCAAUUUGAAAAAUGGACUAAAAGAAAAGCACCUAGGAAUUUUAUUAAAGAUAAUACUUUAGAAAAAUAUAAUUCAGCAUAA